AUGCAAGCAGGACAAACACUACAAGAAAUUAGAGAUGGCUUUGCUUUAACCGGAAGAAACAACUUUAAGCCAUCCUUAGCAAACGACAUCACCGACAUCUAUUAUCUCAUUCAAAACGCACAAAAUUCUCUUACUUUGGCAGCUCAAGGCCACGAAGAAAGCAACAAUAAGGAGAAGGUAGACGCAUUAGAUGAGACAUUCAAAGAGUUUGUUACUCUGGAGCAUAAAUUGAACAUGCAAAAGAAGGCAUUUGAAACCCUGAAACAACGUAUCAAUGCAGGCGAGAAGAUUACUGAUCCCAUCGCUUACUAUGACAAUUUGACUCAAACCUUAAACGCAGAAAGUCCAGAUGAUGCCACUCGAAUCAAUGCAAAUCCAAGAUAUCAGUCGUUCAAGCAACAUCUCUGGAAUAUCAACCAUCCUGAUGAAGAGAUGCCUAGUCUGGGAGUGGGUAACGACGACGAUGAUGUUGUGAUGGGUCCUACCAAGAUCUCUCUCAAAUGUCCCGUCUCAAUGACAUGGCUUGAUAAGCCCGUUACAAGCACCAAAUGUAAACACACAUACUCGAAAACGGCCAUCUUUUCACUAUUUCCGUCAAUGUCUCAUAUGAUUACAUGCCCCAUUCCCGGUUGUAAUAGAACUCUUACUAGAAAUGAUUUCAUGGAUGAUCCUGUUAUGGCCGAUAGAGUUGCUAGAGCAAAGGAAAAGAAGGCUGCUGCGGACACCACAGAGUUCUUUGAUGUAUAG